GCGAUAAGAUAAGCUCCGACAGUGAUGCGCGACUCAGAAGAGAACCAUCAUCGGAAUCGAUCUAUCAUCUCAUUUUCCACCUUUUUUUGUUUUUGGUUCUGGUUGAGUUUGUCGUUGAUACCUGACAAUUCAUCAUGGAUUCUGCCUUGGCGCCCAAGUCGGCCUCCGUCGCCGACGUUCCUGAGGAUGGAGGGGAUGCUUCAGUCGCGCGCAACAAGCCUCGCAGCGACAGCAUAGGGUCGCACAAGUCGAGCGAUUCGCAGACUGCCGCCGAUUUCUUGCGCGACCAGAUGCAGCUAGAGGCCGAUGCGCGCGAGGCUCUUCCUUAUAGCAUCGAGAACUGUACCAAUGCCCUCGGCCCUCUCCGACAGGCAGUAUUUGCUUGCCUCACUUGCAAUCCACCGCCCGCGCACUCGUCCGAUCCCUACAAUGCCGCCGGCGUCUGCUAUGCCUGCUCGGUGCAAUGCCAUGGCGAGCACACCCUCGUCGAGAUCUUCAACAAGCGCAACUUUACCUGCGACUGUGGUACCACGAGACUACCUUCGACAAGCCCUUGCAACCUUCGUCUAAAUCCCGAAACCAACUCCAAGGGAGGUGUUCACUCCCAGGAGCCCGAUGUGAACAACAAAUACAACCAAAAUUUUCGCAAUCGGUUUUGUGGUUGCGAAUGUGACUACGAUCCUUUUGAGCAAAAGGGAACCAUGUUUCAGUGUUUGGGUCUAGGUACACAUGACACAGGAGGGUGUGGCGAGGACUGGUGGCACCCGGGUUGUGUUGUUGGAAUGGGUCCAAAGUGGUUCGAGAAGAUGGCCAAAGAGAAGAAGCCGAAGACAGAGCAGGACAAGGAGGAUGGCACCAGUGCCCCAUUGCCGACCAUCUCGGAAGAUUCUGAAGCGCUCCCGACCCAGAACGGUGCCGAGGAAGAAGAAGAGGAGGAGGAUGAUCCCCCACUUCCCCCUGGAUUCCCUGAAGAAGACAACUUUGAAGCCUUCUUGUGCUACAAGUGUGUGGAGGCUUACCCUUGGGUCAAGCGAUAUGCCGGCACCGAAGGAUUUCUACCUGCGGUCCACUUCAAGCCUGAUGGAGCGGCCAAAGAGACCCUUCCAGAUGCUCCUGCCACUACGGACUUCAAGACAGAGGAGCCCACGCUCAAAGUUGAGGGGGCUGCCUCUACCAAAACCGAGGUGCCUGCUGCCACCACCACACCAGCCGCUGCCAACCUCGAUGUUCCCAAGAAGCGCAAAGCCUUGGACGAUGAUGAGGAUGAGGCAGGUUCUCAGACAUCCAAGCGUGUGAAGAAUGAAGAUGAAUCCAAAGAGAGUCCUAGAGAGCGCUCUGCUACACCUUCUGCUCCCCCGCCUUGCAAGCUUCUAUCCCUACCCCCGGUGCCCCCCGCAGGCAAAUUCUCUCUUUUCUGCAAGCCCGACUUCCGAGAGAAGCUGUGUCGCUGUUCUUCCUGCUUCCCUCUGCUCGUCCCUCAUCCCCAGCUUCUUGAGGAAGAAGAGACCUAUGAGCCACCUGUGUCACCAGAGGCGUCGGAUAACGGGUCCACAUUGGGCAGCAACUCCCUCUAUGAGCGGGGAGAAUCUGCACUGAAGAAUGUUGAUAGGGUGAGAGCUAUCGAAGGUGUGAUGGCGUACAAUCAUCUCAAGGACAAGUUGAAGCCGUUCUUUCAGCAGUUUGCCGAGAGCGGACAGGCAAUCAGUGCCGAGGAUAUCAAGGGCUACUUUGCGAAACUGAGAGGCGAUGAGGAGGUCGCCACUGCGGAUACGUCUGCCCAGGGGAAGGGAGGCGGUGACAAUCGGAGGGAGGAGAGUGGAUACUGAUUGAUUUCUUUGUCGGGAACGGGCAUGUUGUGCUUGGUUAGGAUGUUUGGUUGCUUGGUAAUUCAACUGGGACUGCAAGGAAAUAGGCACAUGGUUUAUGGUAUGGAAUGGAUUGGGACAGCGAUCUUUUUGUUCGGAAUCACUGAAGGCUUUCUGUGUAGGUUAAUUUGUAUCUGGAGUUAUUUUGUCUUGCGGCAGAGGAUGGAUUCACGCAAUAUGAAGAGACAUUCAACGUGCGCCUAGAGACACCCACUCCACACUGCUCCUAAACAACCUGUUAGGAGAUCAUUACAUGACGGAAUUGGUCACAUCGGGCUCUCGGAGACGCAAGUUUCCUCUCGUAUAUGUUUCUAGCCGAACUCGACCCUCGCCAUCUUCCGAGUAAACGCAAGUCUGAAAAACCAAAGCCAGCUCUAACAACUCUCAAGAGUCCAACUUGCCUGCUUACUUCUCGUGUUAAAAGCAGCAUCCGUCCCUUCGUUGUCAUAAUUCCCUUUCAUCACCCAAACGCAUCCUCAUUCCCUCCAAUAUCUCUUUCCUCCUAACUUUUAUUUUCUUACCAGUUUCUCUAUUUCUUCACUAUAUAUAUUGAAGCUUUACAGCCAUGAACGCCCUAGUUCCACCACCACCUGUUGAGAUGUCCCUCGACAAAAACUCCAACCACCUUGGCCUCACCUACCACCUUUUGUCUACCUGUGCCUGUCACGACCAGCAGCCUCCUCCAAAGCUGUUUUCUAGCUCGGCAACCCUGCUGAUGACCUGCUUGCCCACCACAACCUGGGUAAUAGCCCAUCGAUCCCGCAGCCCCGACAGCCGAAGCCCAUAUAUUCCCCAAGACACUGGCUUCCAUGUCAAGGGCGAGGGGCUCCUGGUGAAGCAGGGCUCACGGGAUCCACCACGGUACACGGUUCUCCUUUUCUUUUUCCUCCAGUAGUAUAUAAUGUAUCUUGCCAGUCGAUCCGUAGUUGGGUUCCAACCAUCAGUGGGGACCAAAGAUUGCUUUGAAUGCGCGGUGAAGGCCGGGCGGUGGCUGCGCUGCCAAACUUUACCUGUCAGGCUGCCAAUGUCAAGCAGAAUAGGGAUUGAGAGUUGAUGUAUCUCAAGAUGUCGAUGAUAAUAGCUGAAAUGGGGAUGAGCUGUGGAUGUUUGGCUUUCUCACUGUCUUAUUAUACCCAAGCGAAGUUAGAAAACAGAGAACAAUUUCUAUGUUGUUAGAUACCUACUUGACGUUUAAUCACAAUCA